GCGCCUCUACAUUCUCCCCCCAUCCCUCCCUCCCCUUCCCAAAACACCAGAACCCAAGCCCCCCAGACCCCCCAUCCGUGCAGCCCAGCGCCACCGCUAGUCCCCGUUGAUAUUGACGUCGACGCACCGCCAGCACUAAAUCCCAAGAUCCAUAAAAAAAGCAACAGGUUGCGAGAGCUCGAACCACUGGGGAAGGCAGUAGAUUAAAGCAAGGUGUAGGUGAAUCCGUGAAUUUGAAGAUUUUCACAACGGCUGCUGAAUUAUACUCCUGCUAAUUCUCUAAUUCUCUGUAAAGGGUGAUGGAUCGACAGCCUCAUGAUUAUGCAUCAGCCUCUGCUAUGGCAUAUGCCCAACAGCAGCGACAACCUCCAAGCAUGCAACAGCAACAACAGUUUGGAUUUCCUCCACAGCACCAGCAAUUUCCCCCAUCAGUGCAUGGUCCUCCUUUCCUACCCCCACAUCCCUCUCUCCAACAAUUCCCGUAUCACCCCCAAAUGCAGCAGCUCCAUCCGCAUCCUCCACCCCAUCCUCACCUUCUUCAUCUUCAACAGCAACAGCAGGCACCACCAGCUUUCCCCCCUCAUUUACCCUCUCCUCUCGUUCCUCCACAGUUUCAUGGUCCAUAUGAUGCAGCUCCACCCCCAGCUGCUCCACCUUCUGAUCCGGAGCUACAUAAGCGCAUCGAAAAACUUGUUGAGUAUGCUGCCAAGAACGGCCCUGAAUUUGAAGCUAUGAUUCGUGAAAAGCAGCAGGAGAAUCCUGACUAUGGUUUUCUCUUUGGCGGGGAGGGGCAUGGGUACUACCGUUACAGGCUUUGGUUGGCUACACAUCCUCCAGGUGGUCCCUUCAAUCCUCCUUUUGCAUCAUUGUCUAUACCUAUGAUGCAUCCUCCCCCUUUAAAUGCUCCCCCAAUGAAUGCCGCAGCUGCAGGUGUUGGGGCAUCAGCUACAGUGCUGGGUGCUCCUCAAUUGCACCAACCUCCUUUUCCCUCAUUCUACGAGCAGCCACAGCACCAUCAGCAUCCACAAUCUUUUGGGAUUCAUGGUCGACCAGAUUAUGACCAGUCAUCCAAGUCUUUCAGGGGUCUUUCUGGACCACUUCCAUCUGAUGUUGCAAUGGAGCUCAAUAGUGUGCUUAACAAUUUAAAUGGUACGAAAGAGUCAAUUAAAGGUGCCAAAAACUGGUUCAUGCAGAGAUCCCCAUUUGCACCUGCACUGGCUGAGGCACUUAGAGAACGAAUUUUUGUCCUAGAUGAUUCCGAGAGGCAACUGCAUAUAAUAUACCUUGCAAAUGACAUUCUUUUUGACAGCUUGCUACGGAGGACAAGCCCUGACCUUGAUAAUGAAGCCCUUGCAUUUGUACCUGUUUUAGGUUCCAUGCUCAGGAGGAUUUAUCACAACCCUCAGAACAAGGAGGAAAAUCAGACAAGGUUACAGAAGAUUUUAGAGUUGUGGGCUUCCAAAGAUAUAUUUGAUCAGAAUACUAUUGAUGCGCUUAAGGGUGAGAUGAUUGCUGGACCACCAACUAAUUCUUUUCCAGGGCUUCCAACCACCAGUGGUUCAGCAGAUCCGGCUGCUGUAUUGCCGCAGCAUUCAACAAACCAUAACAUCCAGCAGUGGCUACCCGAUAGGAAUUUACCAGAUCAAGAGCUUCCUGAUAAACAUGCAGCCUCUGCCCAAGCCAUUCUGCCAUCUCUAGCAACCAAUCAAUUUCUUCCAAACUCAGGCCCCGGUGGUGCUUUUAUGGGGUCCAUGACCAUAUCAGCUUCUGUUCAAUCAGUAAACCAACAGCCCACACCCCAUUUAUUGCCAGGCCCAACUGCUGGCAAUGGUGAAAAAUUGCCACCAUAUCCUUUGUUUCCACCCGGUCUUAUUCCUGGGAUGGUCAGAAAGAUGCAGAUUGGUAGCGGGGUGCCCUACUCUCCCAUGAGCCCUUUGGACAUACCAACUGUAAUUCCUCCAUCCAAUGUUCCUCAAUCUGAAAUUCUUGAGAGUGUGUCAAAAUUCUUCAAAGACAUUGGAGAGAUUAACCCUUCUGAAGGGCCCAUUAAUUCUGAUUCAAGAGAUGAAGAUGAGUAUGAGAGAGAACCUGCAGUACGCAAGGGAGGAGCUUGUAUCCCUCCUCCCCCGAACCUGCAGGUGGACCCUGAGACCGGGGCAUAUGCUGAUGGAAGUGUAGAUCGGAAGUCAGGAUCAGGAAGGUUGGGACUUGGUGCCACAGCUAAUCCAAAUGAAGCAAGUCAAUAUGAUGAUGUUUAUACCUCCUACAGAAAACAAAGAAGCACCACCUAUCACUCAUCCAUGAGUGCAAGAGCUGCAGUGAAGUAAGACCCAUGCAACUGUUCGUCACGAGAGAUGGGAAAAUGAAGGGAAGCAUGAGUUUUCCGCUGAUGAUCAUUUUCUUUUAUCCAGUAAUACGUAUUUGAACGAUUUACCUGGUAGGCUGAACUUGAGUGACAACUUCAUAUGGAGCAUCAAACUUUUCUGAUCUAUUAUGUCGUUUAGAGUUUUGAUUUUGAGAAAUGUCGAUGGUUGCAUUGCAUGUACA